UCCUCUAACUCAGUAUGGACUUAAUUCAAGUCAUAUUGUGAGCUGAGUAGUCCGGUCUGACUAAGUAUGAGAGGAUUCUAAAGCAACAUGGAGAGCUGGUACUAUUUGCUGCUGUGCACCUUAGGUUUAGUCCUGAUCUAUGGAAAGCAGACAAAAAAUGAUGAUGACAUUGACCUAGUGAGGUUUCUGAGAACUAUCCACCCUGGGGUGCUGGUGAGGGAUGAGCCGUUUAUUAUCAACCGACAAUUUAGGAAAAACUCCCUCAAGGACCUGGAACGCCUGGGGGUCUCCUCAGUUACAGAGCAAUCCAAGGACAAGCCAGUCAGUCAGGACACAAAUGGGACUCCUGGACCUGUGGUGUUAACCAAAGAUGGGCAAAUCAAGGGGAUUACAGUAGAUAAGGCCCAUAUUUUCUAUGGGAUACCAUAUGCAGACCCCCCCACCGGGGCUUACCGCUGGAAGCCUCCCAGACCUGUGACUCCAUGGCCACGGGUUUAUGAUGCCUCCUUCCCUCGGCCGGCAUGCAUGCAGGCAUGCAGAGGACCUAUCACAGAGGAGUGCCCUCGGAAAGUCAGUGAGGAUUGUCUCUACCUGAACAUCUUCAUCCCUCUGGAUGUGGACUUGAGUUCCCCUCUGCUGAGCCCACUGCCCGUCAUGGUUUGGAUCCAUGGUGGAGAUUUUAUUGCUGGUUCUGCCUCCAAACCGCUCUAUGAUGGACGCUUCAUCAGUAACUUCACCCACACUAUAGUUGUGAGCAUGGAGUACAGACUGGGGGCCUUUGGAUUCCUCGUGUCUGGCAAGGACCCUCACACCUCCGCCAUAGGGAAUUAUGGGAUCUUGGACCAGCAGGCAGCUUUUCUUUGGGUCCAGCGAAACAUUGCCGUGUUUGGAGGUGAUCCUAGCAAGGUGACAAUAUUUGGAGAAAGUGCAGGUGCCCAGUCAGUGAGUCUCCACCUGAUGAUACAGAGCAGUAAACCUCUGUUUCACCAAGCUGUUCUGCAGAGUCUUCCCUUCUCCAUCCCUCUGAAGACCAGACAUGAUGCCCUGAAGCUGGGGAAGGACUUUGCCAAACAGACCAACUGCUCUGUGAGCGACACGAUCUGCCUGCUGUCUCUCACCUCACAGGCCGUCCUCGCUGCCCAGAUGAAAACGAGUUCUAAGAUCGUGAACCCGUUUCGAUUCCUGGAGGUUUUUGAGACGUGGGGUCCACAUAUCGAUGGGGAGUUGAUAAAGGAACAGGCCAUCACUGCAUUUCUGAAGGGCCACUGGCAAAAAGAGAAGCCAAUGCUGUUGGGUACAACCUCAGAAGAGGGGGUGCUCUUUGUGUAUGGUGUCUUCACCAAGCCUGUGUCUGCUGUGGAGUCCACUGUGUACAUUACUGCCAUCUUUAAACAACACGCUCUGCGGGUCCUGCACAAGUACCUGCACCUGUACAGGGACGCUGACCGCAGGGACAUGCUAGCUCAGAUCGUCACCGACUAUGUCUUCCUGUGUCCGUCCAGGAGGUCCGCACGUGCUGGCAUAGCAGUGGGCAGUGGAGUUUGGAUGUACGUGUUUGACCAUGUAGCAUCAGACCGUCGUGUUUGGUCAGGUCUGACUUUCUGCUACCAGCAUGCCUGCCACGGUGCCGAGCUGCCCUUUCUCUUUGAUUCGGCCACAGUGGCCAACUUCACUAUGUUGCCACAAGAGAAGCUGCUGUCCAAUCGCAUGCUCUGCUAUUGGGGGGCUUUCGCUCACACUGGUGACCCUUCCUCACGAGCCCAUCAGACAUCUUUCUGCCGGGAGCAGCGUCUACCUGUUUGGCCACGUUAUUCUGACACCAGUGGCUGGCUGGUUAUGAACCUGACAGUGCACUCGCAUGCACAAGUGGGAACCAGGAACCAUAUAUGUGACUUUUGGGAUCAAUUGGGCACCUAUUAGUGAGGAGACAGCCAGGGCAAGGAGCUGUGCCAAUGAAUCAGCAUCAAUAUAGGCUUCUCUUUGUUCUUGAGCAUGCAAAUUCAUAUCAGAAAACCGUACCUUUGUUUGUAAUAUAACAAAAUUAUAUGUUUUACAACAGCAUUUUUAAGUUUUAAAGAAUAAAAUUAUACAUACAAAGCUACCCGUGGAUGUAGAAAAGUGCCACCAUUUUCCUUUUCUCACUGAAGACGAGUAAACAUCUUAACAAAUGUACAGAGUAUAGUCAGAUGGUAGUAAACUCUAAGUCUGAAGAGUAGUUCACGAAAGUUAAGUAAAUAUAUGUCAUAAACACAGACAAGAGAACAAAGAGAAGGUAUUGAGGACAUUUUCUGUGUGAGCACAAAGUAGAUUCAUUCUACUGUGUGUACCACAUAAUACAUACAAAAAAGAAUUGAGUAAUAAUUCAGAAGUGUUUGUCAGAUGUUAUGUGGGGAUACAGCUAAUGUUGAGUGAUUUAUGGUUAUUGUCUCAUUUAAGGACUUCAGCUAUGCUUUGUGUUAAUAUACAUUUUGUAAAAGCAGAUGUCAGUUUCCUAGUUAUCUAGUGAAAAAAACACCUAUGGUAAUUGAUAGGAUAUACAGUGCAGUGUUUCUCUUGUGCUGAUGUCAUAAUAGUGCAUCCCCUAUCCAUUCAAGUCUAAAUCGACUGUCGAAAAUCGAAAUAGUCAUUAUUAUUAUAGUCAGAUUAUUAAUUCUUUGUCUUUUGUGUCUUAAUUUGCAGCUUUUUGAUGCUCACUUGUGCAAGUUGUGAAUGAUAAUCGUGAGUGGCACAUUGAUAUUAAUGAUAUGAUUGUGUGAAGUUGCAGCAGCUUAGUGAAUGAAGUUUUUGAUUGUUACUCAGUUCAGAAUUCUAGCAACCAUGUACUACAUGAAAUAUACAAUACUGUACUAAUUAAAGUAUAAAUUGGAAAAUCAUGGUUAUUAA